ACACACAUGCACGCGGAUCAUAUCACGGGCAGCGGCUGGUUGAGGGAGCUGACUGGCUGCCAGUCGAUGAUUGCCGCCGCCAGCGGAGCCAAAGCGGAUCUGUAUCUGAGGGAGGGCGAUCGUAUUGCAUUUGGAAGCCAUGUCAUUGAUGUCCUAGCCACUCCGGCCCACUCCAAUGGCUGCAUGAGCUACGUGAUCAAGGAGCAGGCCUGCGUCUUCACUGGCGACACGGUUCUGAUACGCGGCUGUGGACGCACAGACUUCCAGGAGGGCAGUUCAGAAUUUUUCUACGAAAAUGUCCAUACCAAAAUCUUUACACUGCCCGAUAGCUAUCGCAUCUAUCCGGCUCACGACUACAAAGGACAACUAGAGAGCAGCGUGUGGGAGGAGAAGCGCUAUAACCCCCGUCUGACUAAGGAUCUGGAGGAGUUUAUUCAAAUCAUGGAUAAUCUUAACUUGUCAUAUCCCAAUAAGAUAGAUGUCUCGCUGCCUGCCAAUCGAGAGUGCGGAGUCUACGAUAUACCAAAGGAGUAGUCCAUUAACAAAAAUAUAACGUUAAUUUAAUU